AUGAAGGCAGCAUUCCCAGGAUCGAGAUGGCUCGCAUUUUCGCCUCAUAGGACUGGCGGUGGCGGAAUUCGCAUGGUUCGCCGACGACGACAACGAUGGGGUGGUGAGACGAACCGGAAGCGUCCUGCCCAGAGCGGUCCGAUAUCAUCUGCAGCAAGCGCUCAAAUCUGCAAGGGACACCAGAAGCGGCCUAGCAAUUCCGCUCCAGAGAAUAUAAAGCUUGCCAGCCAGCAACGCAAGUACGGAGUACACACGCCAGACCGAAUGAACCACCGUAAGCUUGCGGUGCCACAGCAGGGCUUUGUGUGCGAGGAAUCCAAUGAGGCCACCUGGCGAGCAGGGAUGACCCUUACCAUCCGAGAUUCCCCGGCAAACCCUGAUCUACGGGAGGCCGGGGAGGGGGGCACGGGGGGAAGACGGUCCGACAUCGCAAAACACUUCUCUCCCGGCCCGAAGAAAACACCAAAUUACCGGCGCGACACGCCAACGGCAACCAAGAAAUCAAUGGCUGAUCAAGUAAGACAGCGUGCCGAACAGACCGCCGCCCCAAAUCGGGAAACGGCGGCCAUGUUGGAAGCCGUUUCGGGCACCGAUGCCCGAAAAGUCUUGUUCGCACUCUGCAGGGAGGAUGAGCGGGUCCGCCGGCGAGCCGUUGACCUAUUGCAGAAGAUGCCAAGGACGGAUGUCUGCGCCAACUGUAAGGAGAACUUUGAUGUCAACAGGAACGCUCCUGAUGCAUGUCGUUACCACCCUGACGAAGACCUAGAGGUCUGGGACACGAUCGACGACAUUGGACAGUUCUGCGAAAUGGACAGCGAAGAAUAUCGAGCCGAUGUUCCAGAAGGCUUCAGAUGGAGCUGUUGCCAACGCGUCGGCGACGUGGAAGGUUGUCAAGAGGAGCAACACGUGGCCGUAUUGGAAUACCCCCCUUUGACAUUAGAAAGUUUCGGUGAGGGUCACCAUGCGGUGGAGAUUCCAGGGCAGCAAAGUCACGGCAAGCGCAAGGCUGAGGAGGAUAUUGUCGGCAUGGCGCAAAAGACAAGGACGGGUUCUUAA